AUGCUGAAACGUCCUCUGACUGCGAUUGAAUUAAAAAAUGACGAUUUGGAGUGUUUGAAAGACAGCAUAAGGGAGACGCUAGUUGCACAGGGUCUCAUUCCACCAAAAUAUAAUGAGAGUUAUGAAAAAACUAUUUUAAGUUCCAAGAAGAAUACGUUUGAUCAACCAGUACGGCAUCUAAUGCGCUGCUCUUCCGAAAUGGACUCUCAAAGAGCCAUAGAAGACGUACUCGACAAUAAAAUGAAAUGGUCUCUCGAAGGAUAUGCUUCCGCUUUAACAAAAACUUCGAAAAUAUGUAGCUACAAAGAUAAUGGCUUGGCUAUUUACGACGAACAAGCUAUAACCAUCUUGUAUGGGUUCAACAGAAAAGAAGAAUCUAUAGAUGUGAAGAACUGUGUGAAAAUCAAUCCAGUUUCACCCAUUGAUAAAAGUAUUAAAAUUCUGAGAAUUCAUGUAGUACCCGAUGGCUCCAAGAUCGUUCUUAUAUCCCUAAGAGAAAUAUUCGUGGUUCUUGUUAGCCCGGAAGUUCAUACAAUGAGACCAACACGAGCAGAAUAUUUUUGCGAGUGUGUGCUCAUUCACCGAUGCUUACAAUCUAAUAAUCGUCUGACAACUGUAUGUGAGCGGAUGGUUCCUAAUUCUACACUUCCUCAGUUAGCCGUCCUAUUCUCUGAUUCCUCCAUCCGGUUCUUCUCAUUGAGCGCAAUUGAUGACUAUUCACAAUCGGUAACGAUUGAGUUCCUGCCUCUAUUAUGCGCAGAGGUGAAUCAAGGAACUCGUUUAGGUUUUGUGAAAGAAAUCGCCUCUUUCGACUUUUUGCCAUCCAGCUAUGACUUCAGAUUGAUCGCAAUCGACAGUGAUAGCGACAUGUACAUAGCUUCGCUUUCCGGAGUUAAUUCGCAACCUGAUGUUGAAGCGUACGUGUCCUUUACUGAUAGGUCAUACAUCAUCAAGCCUAUUAUCACUCCUCCCACACUCCCAUGUGAUCCCGUAGAUCUCAAAUGUAUUCCACAUCCUUUCUCAGACAUAUUCACCGUAGUGACUAUCUUCACUCCAUCUCUUGGUGGAGUUCUCUCGCACUUAAUUAUUGUAGACUCCGGAACUGAAAUAAGCGCUUCCAUUCAUGAGCAAGUAGCUUUGCCUGUUUCUACAAAAACAUCAGCCUUGUUGGCUUCUGAUAGAACCUGCUCCUAUCUCAUUUCAGCAGAGCAUAGAUUGUAUUUUAUGGAUAUACGACCCUGGAUCAUUCUGUAUGGACAGGAAUUGAAAAGCGAGGGUAGCUCAGCAGGUGCCCUGCCUGAUAGCAGGCUUCAUGCACUAGCAGUAUCCUGUACAACAGAUGAGAAUCGGGAAGAUCUAGGACAGGUUGCGAUCACAAAUUGUAGUACAGCAGAAGAAGAAGAAAUAAUAUCACUAUUCGUGACAUCUUUCUCAGAAUCACGCUUAACUACUGCGUUCUUGAAAUGCGAAGUUGGUUCAUCUAUCAGGCCUGCCAAUGAAAAAACGAAAGAUAAUGAUUUCGUGUCAUUCAAAGAAUCUUGCAUUGACCCUCUUCUGGCCCGAAAGCAUAUCUUAGCCAAAAUUGUGUCUUUACAAUCAUUACCAGAAGAACAAAGAAUCAAGCAAACUGAGCAGUGGAUUAAUCAUUUUACCGAGAACUUAAGAACGAACAGAGAAGCUAGCAAGGCAGCGUUGAAAAGGCUCGUCGCAAUUAAGCCCGAGAUAGAAAAUAACGAAAAGCUGAGGCAAAGCUUCAACGAAAGACUUCUAAACUUAUUUGAUGGCGUAGCCGACCUCAAGUACAGAAUGGAGAAGAAACAAGCUGCUCUUCGCCAACUGUUUAAUCGCCUAGCCACACUUACCACGAGAGUAGCUGGAACUAUGCCAUUAAACAGUCAGGAAGAAAAAAUGAUGUCAGUUUUGAAAGAUUACAAGAACCAAGUGCUAAAUUACGCAGUCAAGUUGCCUCAGCUCUCUAUCGCUAUAGCAGAUGAAAAAAGGAAGUGCUUCGGGCCAGCAGUUUCUUUCGAACCCUCCGUAAGUUCCAGACUGAGCACUAUGAACAAAAUGGCAUGUGAAAUGGACGCGAUCACUAUUAGAAUGAACAAGCUAACAGAUAGAUACGACGGAGUGGUCAAAAGUUUUCCUACCUCGUCAUCCUAA